AUGCGGUAUAUUCUCAAAUGGAUCGCCGCUAUUUUCGUUCUGACAUGGGUUAUUCUUACCGCUCAACUGCUCUGGACGUGCGAGGGGAAAAACGCGGAUUGGGGCCCAGGCCAUCUGAUAUGUGUAAUGCCCUUGAGAGUUGCGAUCGUACAAUUGACCACCGAUACGUUGAGCGACGUCAUCUUAAUUGUAGCGCCCCUCCGUCUUGUCUGGAAUAUAAAGUUAUCUCGCCCACAAAAGAUCCGCAUUAUAACGAUUUUCUCCAGCACGAUAGCUAUGACCAUUUUUAGUCUUAAUCAUGCUUGUUGGCUGAUAGUAGACGGUGGCGGGUUAUCUGAGGCCCUGGCGGCAGUCAUCCAGAAUUCCGUUAGUCUGAUUGUUUGCAAUUUCAGCGUCAUAAUCGCCUUCAUCUUCCAAAUCGCGGCGGAAGAUGCAAGGAGCUCUUACCAUGUAGAAGCUGGGAGCCUCUCUCUCCGGUGCAAGGUGCCUAGCGGUGUGCCUUCAGGGACAGGUGUGCGUAUUGAGCGGACCGAAGUGAUAACUUUGGACAGCCUUGGUUCAUUGCACGGGAAUACGACUAAAGUCGGUCAACCUUUUGACACGGAUAGCAAGGAUUUUUUGACGGAGAAGGACUGCACAUGA